AUGGGCAACGACGGUGGCUCGAUUCCAAAGCGGCGAGAACUCGUCAAAAAUGCAGCUCGCGCGCCGACGGUGUCUGAACUUAAAGCUACUGCUUUAGAAUCGCUGACUCACGCGUGGACUCAUUGCGCCCUUAGCGGCACCAGUCUGGAGAUGGAAACCGCCGUUUCGGAUUGGAAAGGGCGGUUAUUCAAUUAUGAAGCCAUUUUAAGUGGGUUAAUGCCGUCGGACGAAAUUGCUGAAACAUCUCCCGCUUCAUUUGGCAUCAAGUCACUCAAAGACGUUGUGCGACUCAAGUUCUCAAAGACGGACGGCAGAUGGACAUGUCCCAUUUCAAUGAAAGAGAUGGGGCCGUCCACCAGAGCCGUCUACCUGGUUCCUUGUGGCCAUGCUUUUGCUGAAGUUGCCAUUACAGAAAUUCAAGAGAGCUCCUGUCCUGAGUGUGGUGGGAGUUUCGACAAAGACAACGCAAUCACGAUAUUGCCCACGACCGAAAAGGAUUUCCAGCGACUGGAGAAGAGGCUAGACGACCUACGAGCGAAGGGUUUGACGCACAGCCUUAAAAAGGAUAAAUCAGAGAAGAAGAACAAGAAACGAAAGGGUGACGAGAGUACCGAAAAUGACAACAAGGCCAUCAAGACAGAUGCAUCACAGACAAAGAAGGAUGUGGACUCGAGAACCAGCGGCAUCAAUAAUCCUAUUGCAGCAUCCCUUACUGCUAAAGUGCUGGCUGAACAAGAUCAAAGAAAUAAGCGCCGGAAGCUGAUGGCUGAGGUCAUGUCUAGCAAGGGCGAAGUAGUCAGGAGUUGA